UCUUUUUUUUCCUUGCGGAGCCCUUCUCUAUCUCUCUGUACAGAUCUCUUAUUCAGCCCGGGCUGGGUCCUUCCUGCUCCAAUUCCGACGCUGCCCUCCGUCCCCCCAGCCCCCCUUUUCUUCUUUCUGUCCACACAUAAUUGAGGACAGAAAUAACUGUUCAAGUCUUCCACUUGCAUUCCUUUGGACGAGCAAAUCUAGCCGGUGCUUGGACUAAAUUCAUUCUUCCUGACACAGCUUUCGCCGCUCGGCUUCUCUAGAAAAAUCAGAUGUGUAAGAAGAACUCUUUAAGUGCCAUGCGCCGUUUCUUCGGCUAAGGGAGACGUGUGCUAAGAUGGGAAAAAUAAUCAAGUAGAUUUGCAUGGAGCAGUGGCUAAAGGCGCCUUCUCAGAAGAGCCUCCAUGGCUGACUUGAACUUUGUGUAACGAGUCAUUGCCCUAGAGAGGUGUUGGAUUGCCGCAACAUCCUCGGAGAGCACUGGAUCUGCUGAAGCCCGGUGUCAGGAUUGAAGGAGCCUCACCCUUCGGCAUGGGUUCCGAGAAAAUCUCCUUGUUUCUCAGUCACACUGAGCAGGCACAGAGCCGCUAGUUUAUCUCGGCUGCUGGAUUUGUGCUGUCUGCAAUCCUCUCCCCCACCAGCUCUGUGUCCUUGACGUCCUUCCACUUACAUACUUGUGCAUGUGCGUGUGAACAAUGUCGAGGCCCAAGAGACGGUUAUGGCUGCCCUUGCUGUGCACACACGUCUGCGUCAUGUUGAACUCCAACGUUCUCUUGUGGAUAACUGUUCUCGCCAUCAAAUUCACACUCAUCGACAGCCAGGCACAGUACCCUGUUGUGAACACGAAUUAUGGCAAAAUCCGGGGUCUAAGAACACCGUUGCCCAAUGAGAUUUUGGGUCCAGUGGAGCAAUACUUGGGGGUACCCUAUGCCUCACCACCCACUGGAGAGAGGCGGUUUCAGCCUCCAGAGCCCCCUUCGUCAUGGACUGGGGUUCGUAACGCCACGCAGUUUGCUCCUGUGUGUCCACAGCAUCUGGACGAACGUUCCUUACUACAUGACAUGCUGCCCAUCUGGUUUACAGCCAAUUUGGAUACUUUGAUGACCUAUGUUCAAGACCAAAAUGAAGACUGCCUUUACCUAAACAUCUACGUGCCCACAGAAGAUGGAGCCAACACUAAGAAAAUCGCAGAUGAUAUUACCAGUAAUGAACGUGGUGACGACGAAGAUAUCCAUGACCAGAACAGUAAGAAACCGGUUAUGGUCUAUAUCCAUGGUGGAUCGUACAUGGAGGGUACCGGAAACAUGAUAGACGGGAGUAUCUUGGCCAGCUAUGGCAACGUGAUCGUCAUCACCAUUAACUACCGCCUGGGGAUAUUAGGAUUUUUAAGCACUGGUGACCAGGCAUCCAAAGGGAACUACGGACUGCUGGAUCAGAUCCAAGCCUUGCGCUGGAUAGAGGACAAUGUCGGGGCCUUUGGUGGAGACCCCAAGAGAGUGACCAUCUUCGGCUCCGGGGCUGGGGCCUCCUGUGUCAGCCUGCUGACCUUGUCACAUUAUUCUGAAGGCUUGUUCCAGAAAGCCAUCAUCCAAAGCGGUACAGCCCUGUCCAGCUGGGCAGUGAAUUACCAGCCUGCCAAGUAUACACGGAUCCUGGCAGAUAAAGUGGGGUGCAACAUGUUGGAUACCACGGACAUGGUGGAAUGCCUGCGCAACAAGAAUUACAAGGAGCUCAUUCAGCAAGCCAUCACCCCGGCCACCUACCACAUUGCCUUCGGCCCGGUGAUUGAUGGGGACGUCAUCCCGGACGACCCCCAGAUUCUAAUGGAACAGGGCGAGUUCCUCAACUAUGACAUCAUGCUUGGUGUGAACCAGGGCGAGGGCUUGAAGUUCGUGGAUGGGAUCGUCGACAGUGAGGAUGGCGUGACGCCCAAUGACUUUGACUUCUCCGUGUCCAACUUUGUGGAUAACCUCUACGGUUAUCCAGAAGGCAAAGACACCUUACGAGAGACCAUCAAAUUCAUGUACACAGAUUGGGCGGACAAAGAGAACCCAGAAACACGCCGCAAAACCCUGGUGGCCCUGUUCACCGACCAUCAGUGGGUUGCGCCAGCCGUGGCCACCGCAGACCUCCACGCCCAGUAUGGCUCGCCCACCUACUUUUACGCAUUCUAUCACCACUGUCAAAGCGAGAUGAAGCCCAGCUGGGCAGAUUCUGCGCACGGUGAUGAGGUACCGUACGUUUUUGGCAUCCCCAUGAUUGGCCCCACGGAGCUGUUCAGCUGUAACUUCUCCAAGAACGAUGUCAUGCUUAGUGCCGUGGUCAUGACCUACUGGACCAAUUUUGCCAAAACAGGAGAUCCUAAUCAGCCAGUUCCUCAGGACACCAAGUUCAUUCACACUAAACCCAACCGGUUUGAGGAAGUCGCCUGGUCCAAGUACAAUCCCAAAGACCAACUGUAUCUGCACAUCGGACUGAAACCCAGAGUGAGAGAUCACUACCGAGCAACGAAAGUCGCUUUCUGGUUGGAACUGGUUCCCCACCUGCACAACCUGAACGAGAUAUUCCAGUACGUAUCGACCACCACGAAGGUCCCUCCACCAGAUAUGACAUCCUUCCCUUAUGGGACCCGGAGAUCCCCUGCCAAGAUAUGGCCGACCACCAAACGCCCAGCCAUCACCCCUGCCAACAGCCCCAAGCAUUCUAAAGACAAUCAGAAGACGGGGCCUGAAGACACCACUGUCCUCAUUGAAACCAAACGGGAUUAUUCCACCGAGUUGAGUGUCACCAUCGCCGUGGGGGCAUCCCUCCUGUUCCUCAACAUCUUGGCCUUCGCGGCACUUUAUUAUAAGAAGGAUAAACGACGUCAUGAGACACACAGGCGCCCCAGCCCCCAGAGGAACACCACCAAUGACAUCGCUCACAUCCAAAAUGAGGAGAUCAUGUCUCUGCAGAUGAAGCAACUGGACCACGAGCAUGAGUGUGAAUCCCUGCAGGCUCAUGACACGCUGAGGCUCACGUGCCCUCCCGACUACACCCUGACGCUCCGCAGGUCCCCCGACGACAUCCCACUGAUGACACCAAAUACCAUCACCAUGAUCCCAAACACAUUGACCGGGAUGCACCCGUUGCACACCUUCAACACCUUCAGCGGAGGACAGAACAGUACAAAUUUACCCCACGGACACUCAACAACCAGAGUAUAGCUUUGCAGUUCCCUCCCCUCCCUUCCCUCCCUUCCCCCACCCCUCUCCUUCUGCACCACAGAAGACAUCAAGGAGAAGAGUCAAAGGGAGAGGGCGAAAAUGUCCCAAUCUGGAAAGGUUUUUCAUUCGCCUGUUUCAAGACAGACACGUGGAGGGCAUUUUACGAUAGAUGUGCAGGACCCCCUGGCCCUUGACUUCUUCCUGACUUGCAGUAGCAGCACCACACCCUAAGAAAUGUGAAACCCAUACAUUUCUGUUCCAAUACUGCUUUAAGAUUUCCAACAUGCCAGAAAACUAAAGCAUCAUCAUUCCACGGACCUGGAUCUUUCCAGAAUAACCGUAGGGAGUGACUCUUCUGGAAUCCAGCCAGGACAUCUCUUUUUAUUUUAAUUAAAAUCCAAUCCGUGGGGAAAAAAAACGAACAAAAGUCCUUAUGUGCCAUACAACGGAUGGCUCUUAAGCAGAGCGAUUGUCUGUACGUUUUUAAUCCGGCUAUGGAGAUGUAACUCAGAGAGAAGGAAAAGUAGAAUUUUAUUAUUCAAAUAAAAGACGUGACUAUGCAGAAAAAAAAAUAAAUAAAAACCGUACAGUUCUGUGCAAAGAGAGCUUUUGCUAGCCUGAACUAUAUUUAAGAAACUUUGUAAAAAUAAUUAAAAGAUGUAUAUAGCUGUGCGUUUAAACAUAAACACACACACAGAGGGGGGUAAAGCUUUUAUUGAUGUUUUCAGUUUGAAAGAGCUUUUAGCGAGAUUGUGGUUUUCAUUGUUUUUCGAAUGUAUAUAAAUAUAUAUAUAUAUACACAUACAUUAGUCACACCACCUCUGUUCCCCACCCCCCCAAAAAAGGACGCUUUUGUUCCGAAUUACUUGUGUAAACAAAACCUGGGGUUUUCUAACUCAUCUCACUGGUAGUAAGAUUGUGGUGUCUUACAGAAGAAUGCUGAUGGUCUGUGUCGUCGGUCUGUGACUCAUGUUUCAUGGAGUUUCAGUACAAAAGUCGGUCCCAAAUAAGAAGGUGUCUUGAGGCGUGUCUGCUUCCAACCACGCAUACAGGAAGUCCCAGCGAGCGGAAAAAAUGUAUAUGUGUACAAGUGUCACUCUGUGAUUUGGGUCCUUCGAGUAUAGUUAGCAAGAGUUGGUGCCCGUCUUUGAGCCCUGCCCAAAAAGAAACAAAGCUUGCCUUUGGUGGGUCACAGCCCUGGACUUCAGCAGGUGCAAAAGGUUUUGGCUGAUGAAAUACCUGUUCAGCUUGGAUAAUCAGGUUGAAGGAGGACGGGUUAUUUUCCGUUCACCUGCAAGUCCUUUAUUUAUUAGUACUGAGGGGUUUUUCUGUUCUGUUCUGUUUUCGUUUUCUCCGUAUAUCAUUUGUAGGAUAAAACAUACGCUUGUCUGAAAAUAACCCUUUUGUGGAUUUCUGUAGCGAUCACCGAUCAACAAAUAUUAUUGAAGAAUGGAGCAAACAGAGAUAGAACAUUAAAAGUGCUUUGCAUGGGUUUCCUGGGAAAUUCCGAUUGCUUCCCUAUCAAGAUUAGGAGCAGACGUCAGUCAAUUCACCCCUUUGAAACUGGCCACCAGGCAUCAGAGAUACUUAGCCCCAAACACUUGUCAUUAAAAAAAAAAAAAAAAUCCCUUUUAAUUUUCCUUUAAGGGAAGUUUUGGGUAUCGUAAGAAAGAAAGCUAAAAGCUUUUAGUGUUUUUGUCUUUCAAAAGUUACCACAUCAUCUACAAACUGUGGCCAAAGAUGUUUAAAUUAAAAACGACAACAGAAACCUUUCUGGCCUCAAUUGCUGAUUUUCCUGAGGCCUGUCUUAGCCAAGGUGGGCAUUCUGCAUAAAUGUUUUCCAUCUGCCUCCUCUAUACGGAAAAACAACCUUUGAAGAAUGAAUUCCACACACCAGAAAGCCCCUAGCAGUUUAUUACAUGAUCAGAUCUCUAAAAGAAAAAAGUGUUCAUAAAGAUGCAUACAGCCACACGAUUCAUCUGCUUGCUUAUAUGCAUUUAAAUUUGAGGGUCAUUCCCUGUAUAUAAAUGCAUGAGAUAUACGGACCAGACCUUAACACACAUGAAGUGAUAUUCUUUUCCUUUGCACUGCGGCCUCAUGGAGCUGUUGAAGAUGUUGGUCCCCAAUGCAUCCAUCUGGCCUCAGGUCAUUCCUUUGAAGCUGUGUAUCUCUCCUGCUGGGCUAGUCAACAGGUUUAAAGGGUGUGAUGUUUGGCAUCCAUGUUGGAUAGCUAUGUUUGUUAUGUAAAUUCCAGUAUUUGUUUAGUCUCCCAACUGUCUGCUGGUAGCAACAUACACAGUCACGUGUCAGACCAGUCGUUACUGGACUAAGGACAGAGUUCCUGUUAAAUCGAUAACUUUAGCUUUUACAGAGGAGGAGGGUGAAACGCAAUCUAAUACGUUGCGAAAGUUACCGUAUUUCUACGUGAAAGAGGAUAUAGAAUCUUCAUAGAGUUCUAUCAGAAAAGAAAAUAUACUUGCUAUCUAUAAAAAAGAGAAAAAAGAAAAAAAAAAGGAGAAAAAAUUAAAAAAAUACUUUCUUAGGCUUUUAUUCUUGAUCUUCGAAGGCACGCAGGGUUCAAUGGUUUCCUUGGGUCAUUAUUUUGCAAUUUUGUUUUUGAUUUUGCCUUAAGUAAUGAUAAAAGAUAUAUAUGGCUGGACACAUAUGUAUAAACUUUUCAGUGGCAUUUUUAAUAAUAAAA